AUGGAGCGCAGUAUAGAGUCUCUGCCCCUGUCGGCCUCGCACAUCAAGCUCCUGCACCGUGCAGGGUUUGUAUACGCAAACGAUGUGACACAAUUGUCAGCUGUGGACUUAGCUGAUGAACUGAAAGUAUCUCGGAUAGACGCCUUGGAUUUGAUUCGAUCUGUCAAGGCAUGUAAUAACACUGUAACGGAUACAGCUAUAGUUCAAUCCGCCGGUAAAAUUGGCGAAGCAGAGAGAGCUAGUGCCAAGAAUACCAUUGCGAGUGCUAAAGUUAUCACACUUGAUACGACUAGUGUGGCCUUUCCCGUCAGUAGAACAGGCAUUGGUAACAGUUUAACCGCAUACCAAGUGCUUUUGAACGAGCGGCGCCGUAUAUGCAUCUCUACCGGAAGUUUCGAAUUAGACCACCUGCUAUGUCCACGUGCAGGUGCAAGCGACGAUGAUGUACAGAUGGGUGUGCAGCGAGGAGCUAUCACCGAGUUCAGCGGGGCUCCCGGGUGUGGCAAAACGCAACUGUGCAUGCAGCUGGCAGUUAAUGCCUGUUUAAAGGCUGAAUUCGGGGGCGUUGGUGGUGAAGCGGUGUACAUUGACACAGAGGGAAGCUUCGUAGUGGACCGGAUCGCUGAGAUAGCCCUGGCUGCACUGGUGGAGACGGGUAGUGAAGAUUCGGUCAGCUCUGUGUUGUCGGCCAUUCACUAUUUCCGAGUUCAGAAUCAUCUGGAACAGCUUGCCUUGCUAUAUCAAAUCCCUAGCUUUAUAGAGGCUCACCCCAAAGUGUGUGUGGUGGUCAUCGACAGCAUCGCUUUUCACUUCAGAGGCAAAGCAAAUGACAUCGGCUCGCGCACCCGUUUGUUGCAUCAGAUGGCUCAGAGUCUGACCAUGAUUACACUAUGCAAUACAAGUGCUGUCGUAGUCGUCAAUCAAACUACCACCAAGAUUCAACACGGAAGUGCCUCCCACGGUAAACUAGUUCCGGCACUUGGGGAGAACUGGGGACACGUACCCACCCAUCGUUUGGUGCUGAGUGUCAAGAAUGGCAGUCGAUUCGCAACCAUAAUCAAGUCUUCCAGUCUACCAGAGGGACAAGUGGAGUACAUACUAUGCGAUGCAGGAGUGAGAGACCCGGGCUAUGGUCUUGAUAUGGGAGAUUGACACGUACCUAUAAAGUAUUGAUAGUGCUGAGAAGUCAAACGCACUUCGAAUAUUUGAAAGGGUAUGUGAAGCGCCCCAGAUUGCCUUAGACAAAGGCUGGAUAAAUGCUACUGAUUGGCGGAAACUUCAAAUUGUCUACACUUUACAAAAAAUGUUUGCACUCAUCAAGUGAGAUAUAUGUGCGAUGGAGGAGUGGAUUACACCAACUUUAUCCGCGGGAGUAAGUUCAUCAACUACACUGAUUCUAUUUUCAUCGGCCGUGGAUAACCCAGCGUUGGCAUCGAUACGAUGACUUUGGAAGUAAACUGCAUUUAUGAAUCAAUUCAAUUCAAAUGUGGAGGAUCUCGACUUCGCACGUAUCGAGUGAAUCAGUCUUCAUACUACUUCCAUUCUACAUUUGCGGAAUGACAGACUAAGGUUCUCUUCAGUAGACACAUCGUGGGUGUGCAGAAUUAGCUACACUAGUAUGUUGCAAUCUUCAGCGCGAAUUCACGGGUCGGCAAUAACCAUCGGCGUUGCUCUCCAUGUGCAUGGCACAGUGUAGACCACAGACAAAGCUCUCUGUUCAUUUAACAGCGACCGGCGUUGUAAGCCACCGCCUUGUCGCAAUAGAGGUGAUCGCCGGGGGAUACACCCAAGAUCUUAGCAUACCGCUUGAAGUAUUCCUGAUGUGGGUUUCAGUGUAAACCGAAAGGUCGUGAACCUCCUGCUUGACUGCAAUCGCUUGCUAGACAGAAGUAAAGUCUUCAGGAAAACGCGACAUAUACUU